UUAAUCGCGCAUACACUUAAUACAUUCACUGGCAAGACUCUAGAAAACUGAAGCGAAAUGAGUUUGUCUUCAUAUUUCCGUGAAUACGAAGUAAAUUGUGAGUUCCCAUUGAGUUAAAAUAUUCGCCGAUAAAACCAAUCUGGUCUCCCUAUAUCUCAUCAGCAUCUAUAAAUAAGUUAGGCCUUGCUAUCGACAUUUUAUUUAAUUUUUAUGUGAUUAAUUAGAAAUUGUUAUUAAAUUUUUACUAUUUCAACUGAAUCGCAAAACACAAAUCUGUCGCAUCUCUCCCGCCCAUCUCGCCUCUCCCCAAACUGUAUUUUACACACGUUUUGACUCGAAAUGGCGAAAAUUCCGAUUAGGUCUAUCCUCACCAUCUUUUGGGCUUUUGCCACUUGCUGCAAUUGCCAAUCAAUCGACCCUGGCGUUUCCUCUUCUUGGGCGAAACUCCAAAUCUCACCGGAUGCGUUAAGUUCCAUGGAGUACGGCAAUUUUCUCAUCGACAUUUAUGAACACGCCCACAAUCACAUGGCGACGACAACUAGCGAGAAAAAGUAUUUCUACUCUCCAAUUACACUAUUGGAUAACAAAAGCGCCGUUAGUUCAUAUAACAACGUCACGAAACAGCCAGAGAUGAGAUUUCGCAUUGAAAUGUGGAACGACAAAGUCCAGUAUGAAGUAGUCAAACAUUUGAAUGAUAUCGUCGGCCAUGAAAUUAAAUCCCAUAACGUGAGAGUCAUUCCCUUGGAGAAGGUUAUUCUCACGAGCAACAUACCAACAGCAGAUUAUUCUUUAUCGCCAGUGUGGACGAAUUAUGACAGGAGCAAGACCCUGAAGCUUUCCCUAUCGUGUUAUGACCAGAAAGUCUGCGACAGACUGGCCAAUGAAAUGAGAUCUAAUCCCGAACAAUUUGACCAUUUCAAACUCCUCUACAGUUUGUCAACGCAGAAAUCGCAAACCAAACAGACGACCAUCAGCAUCGACAGAAUCACUUCCAGUCAAAUGGUCACUUCUCUUUUACAGAAAUUCAGAUACAAAAAAGAAAUUUUUCUGACAGCCAACGACGAGAAGAAAAUGUUGGCGGAAAUUACCACCAACAUCCGAAUGGACACAUUUGACGACUACGAGGUCGGGUCGCCUGACACGGAAUCGCAAAUUUUAAAUAUUUUAAAGGAUUUGCUCGUCACGUCCAGGACGACCAUAAAAGAACAAUGCGACAAAAUGUGGGACUCUGUUUUCUGGAAUGAAGACAAUUACCGGCCGGACAAAACGACGAAAACAUUGAAUGAAAUCGUCAACAAACUGGAUAAGGAAAAUCAAAAGAAGCUGUUGGACAUGUUUCAAACCGCGGUGAAAAACUCGGAAAUAAUGGAAAUAUUAAUUUCGAGGAAUCAAGACAUGGAGUUCGAACAAGACAACGAGGAGAUGGAACUUGCAAGUUGGGACGAAUAUGAUAGAAAUUUAGAGAUCGAAGAAAAAAUUCAACACGAUUACGACCCAAACAGUUGGGCUGACGCGGACAAAAUAAGUUCAAAAAUUGCAGGGAAAUUGGCAAACGAUUCCGUUCGUUCCCGGAGUAUCGACAUUUUGAAGGAAGAAGUUAAAAGGUUAUUACAAGAAAGUAGAGACCACGUCCAAUGGGACGGGGAGAAAUUCGUGCCCAAACCCAUGCAACUUAGCAGAAUCAAUUUGUGCAAAUUACGCGACUCUCAAUCCUUUCAGGAUCGUACCGUCCGUAUCCGUUACACGAACGCAGAGCUGUCGAUGCCGAUCAAGUUUAUGGAACAAGUGGAAUCGAUUGUCACUGACGAAUGGAACAAUCUGAAGGACGAACUGACAGGCGUUAGAGAACUCUUGGAGAAAACUACAACCGAAUUGACCAACACGAGAACCGAUUUGGCAAGUAAAUUAGAAGGCUCUAUAGUAAAAACUAAUAAGGAAAUCAAAUUGAAUGCCAAUUUCAGGAAAACCAUUGAUGAUUUAUCAAAAAAAUUAAUUGCGACUGAAAAAGAAUUGGCAGAAAUGAAGAUAAGCGUUGAAAAUUUGUCAUCCGAACUAAAAGGGAGUAAGCAGGAACUGGCGAAAAUCAAAACCAACAUCGAAUUGGAGAAAAAAGAGAAUAAAGAGGAGUUGGUGAAAACGAGGGCUGAUUUCAGCAAAUCCGUCAGCGAAUUAUCAACAGAUUUAAAUGUAAAUUCGCAAUCAUUUCGUCAAGAAUUAAAAGUCGCCAAUGACAAUCUGAGAAAAGAACUGAAAGAAGAACUGAGAGAAACUUCACGUAAGCUGGAAACUACAACAAAAAAUUUGGCGGCCUCAGCGAGAACGGCGUUGAAAAAGACGGAUUCCGUCGUUGCGAGUUUGACGAAAAAAUUUAAUGCCAGAACUAGAAUAAUACUUGACAUUGGUGAAAUGCCAACUUCAUGUGAAGAUCUGCAGCGAAUGGGGCAUAAACUGAGCGGAUUCUUUUUGGUGAAAGGGUCGAUGAAGAUGGAAGCUGUUUACUGCAACUUUUAUCCUAAUGGAAAGGAUUUGCAGAAAAAGAUCGGAUACGCCGACGUCAAAUCGACGCCCGUCUAUUUCUACGUCCAGAGAAAAGCUCAUUACGAGACACGCUGGUUCACCUCAACUGGUACUCCAAUUACGUACGAAUUAACCCAGGUGAACGAGGGAAAUGCAAUGGAUUUAUCAUCGGGGAAGUUCACAGCGCCGCGACCGGGAAUUUAUUUCUUCUCGUUCACGGCACUUUCGCGAUUACCAUCUUCAUCAAAACUUGUUCACUUCUCAAUUAGCCUUUAUUUGAACGGACGUUCAAUCGGAUUGGCUUUUGUUGAAGAGUAUUACACCCUAGAUGGUCAAAACGAACAAGUGACCAUCCAGUCUACGCUAAAAUUGGCAAAAGGCGAUAAAGUCUGGGCGCAGAUAAGUAGCAUGUCACAAGGCGUGAAGUUGACCGAUUAUGAUGGUCAAUACACCCAUUUCACGGGUUUCAUGUUGGAGGAGGAAAUCGUUGCCUCUUUUUGAGUGCUAAUCACCCACAAUUGCAAAAUCAACAUCGAUUGACAGUUAUUAACACGAAAAAAUAAUUUGAUUUGAUCAAUAACGGAGAAUGGAAGGAAAUUCAUUCGGUUCUUAUUCACCAAGAGGCGAGAAUUUUUCUUCGAAAUUCUAAAUGUAUAAUGCAAAUAAUUAAAUACACAAACAGUUUUUGAAA